AUGGAUACCGAGGACACAGAGAGAUGCUUCAGGCUACAGCAUAAUUACUCGUUGCCAUGGGCUCUACGACAGUUAAAUCGCUUCCGGCGAAAGGCUGACACGUCCCAGGUUCCUUUUUUUGACGAUAAGGAAUCCGGAACUUGUCUACUAGCUACGUCCGGACAAGAGCGUGGAGAGAUAUCGAUGUCUCUUGAACCCCUGGAGCCUCAAAACUCCCUGAUGCAGAUCUCAUUCCUUCUGCGCCUCCCACAAGAAUUGCUACUUCAAAUCAUGAUAAUUUUGCCGUACAGUUCUCUUUACAUGGUCCACCAAACCUGUGGCAUCCUUCGUCAUCUGUUGGGCGGUUUUGAAUUCAAAUCGUUUCGGCUGGAAAUGCUGCGAAGCAACGAAGAACAAUACUGCAUAACGAAAACCCGAUUCGAACAGCUUCGUAUGGUUAAAACGAUAUUCCGCCGCAGAUCUCUAUGCAGUCCUUGCGGCAAACUUUUCGACUCGGGCAAGCUCGAAGAAAGACUUAGAGCUCUCUGGAAGCCAGUUAGAUGUACUGGAUGCGACAAAUCACACCCGGAGCUUUUAUUCCCUCAAGAUCGACGAAUGGAAAAUCGCUGUGUCGGGCUACUGGGUCACUUUGCUGCUUGCGAGCACCUCAAAACCUCGAGCAAGAUUCCAGUAAUACCCAUCAAAAAGGCACUGGAAGAACAGGAUGAAGAUAUCACGUGCGACCAUCCUGAUCAUAUUAUUUCAGUCUACGACAAGUAUCGCUAUUCACCAAGCCUCCACAGAUUUCAUCCACGUAUCAGAUAUUGGUCUAAUGCCAUAGGUAUACGCAGCCAAUACUCCAGAACUUUUCCCAUGAUGAAGAUUCAUCGUCGACAAGAUCCAGAAGAUAUCGACAUGAGGAAAAUAAAGUCGUUUUUAUUAAAACAACUACAAGAAUUGAACGGCGAUGGACUAUGCCAACACGCCUCUGGCCAACUGGAAUCUAUCGCAUCUUUUAUAAUCCUAGAAAAAUAUUGUUAUUUUUCAGAUCGGUACCAAGCGUACUAUAGGCAUCGAUGCCCUGACCGCAGCUACGUUUGUCAUGAGUGUGGAGCACGAUACAUCUGGGUUUAUGAGGACAAUUGUGUCACACUUCGCGUUCGGAUGAACGUGUCUUAUGGUAGCCCAGAUUCCAUAAACUGGCUCUCAAACCUCAGUUUCGAAACUGAUGAGCACCCUAUCCUCAAUAGCAGUACCGAACAUGUAUUGUGGUGCUCCAAUCCUGUUUGUGGUACAGGCUGUGGAGAACGAUGGUUGCUGAUGGUGGAAAUUUUCAAGAGACACACGAUGCACUAUUACCUUCAAGACAUAGAGCUUGAGUUCCGUUGCAUGACUUCCAUAGAUAGGCUGCCUUUAACACUGGAAUAUCAGACUUUUCAUGAUGUAGCAGAUUGGACUCCAGGGGGCGGACCAUAG